AUGUUGGGCCUCAGACGUAUAUAUGACACCCCAAACUCUUCCCCCUCCCUCCUCUUCCUCCUCUUCCUCCUCUUCUUCUCCUCACCACCCGUUGUUACUUCUCUCAGUAACAUCACACACUCCUUUUCGUUCUUUUCCCCCCUCGCUGCUGGAAUCAAGAUCCGUGAUCUGAUUAAACAGUUGACUCUUGGUUCUUGAUUCUUAUAUCACAUUCCUUUGUUUCACUCAAUUCCAUCCCCACUGCUGCGCCAGUGCCUUGCCUUGACGGUAUCAACAACACUUUUAAGACACAAAAUCACAAAACAAGAUCGAUCUACACUCCACCUCCCACGACGUCAAGACAAUCAUCUCCCACGCACAUACUGCAAAGAAUCUUCUUCCCGCGAAGAUCGCAUCCUCUUCGACUAAACAACAACAACAAAGAAGAGCAUCCCUCAAUUCAUCGCCAUGUUCUUCUCUCUUCCGACAAUCGCCCUCGCCGCCUCGUUGCUGUCCAGCAGUGUCGUCGCUGUCCCUCACAAGGGGCACAGACACCUCCACGCCGCCGCAAAGCGUAAUGCUGCUAUCCUCGUUGACAGAGAUGUUGUGGUGGUCAACACCGUCACCGACUGGGUGACUGUCUGGUGGGACGGAACCAGCUUCAUCACCCCCACGGCCACCUCCGCCAAUGCGAUUCAAACCCAAGCCGCUGAUGCCAAAGCGAAGGUUGCUGCUGAGGCCCCAGCCCCUAUCAUUACCGCUGCGCCCGCCGCUCCAGCUCCAGCUGCCCCCGCCGUCGCAGUGGCUGACACUGGUGCUGCUGAUGCUGCUGCCGCCAAAGCCGCUUCCAAAGCCUCUGCCAACGCUGCUGCCAGCGAAGCAGCCAAGGCCGCCGCCAGUGCUGUUGCCAACGACACAGCGAAGGCCGCCACUAACGCUGCCGCCGCCGCAGUAAAGAACCCCGAAGGCAUCAUCGCCGGCGUCGUCAGCGUCGUCUACUCGGUCGUUGCGCCAAUCGUCCCAACCCCCAUCGCGCCAGUCAUCAGCACCCCAACCCCCGUGGUCGUCACACCCCCCGUCGUCCCCGGCGGCGAUAAGCGCGGCCUCGCCUACAACAACGCCAAGCUCGCCUCCAGCUUCACCGGCGCCGACUCCAAGGUCUCCUGGGCCUACAACUGGGGCUCCUCCACCCCUGCCAUUCCGUCGCCUUUCGAAUACGUGCCUAUGAUCUGGGGCACGCAGCCCAUUCACUCCGAUGGCUGGACCGAGGCUGCCAACUCCGCCAUUGCGAAGGGGAGCAAGCACCUCCUGGCUUUCAACGAGCCUGAUCUGCCUGCGCAAUCAAACCUUGAUGUUGGUGCUGCCGCGGCGGGGUACAAGACCUUCAUGCAGCCGUUUGCUGGGAAGGCGAAGCUUGGGUCGCCUGCUGUUACGAACGGUCCCGCGCCAAUGGGUAUUGCGUACUUCAAAUCGUUCAUGGCUGCCUGCGAUGGGUGCACGGUCGAUUUCGUCCCAAUGCACUGGUAUGAUGCCGCCUCCAAUGUUAAGGGAUUCAAGACCCACGUCGACGGUAUGCGUGAUGCGGCUGAGGGGCGCAAGCUGUGGAUUACUGAGUUUGGCGCGUCUGGAAGCACGGAGGAGCAGGAGAACUUCCUGCGUGAGGUUAUCCCGUGGUUGGAUUCUAACGACGCUGUGGAGAGGUAUGCGUACUUCUAUGCCGACGGGGCAUUGACGCAGAAUAACGUUGUGUCGGCGCUCGGGAACGUGUUUAUGAGCUUUGUCUCUUAGAUGGAUGUUUCUAUUUGCGUUGUCGCUGCUGCAGAUGCUUCACUUCACUUCCACUCGACACCUCUCCACGACGCAUCAAGAUUCACCUCGCGGAUUUCACGCACCUUCACACAUGAUACACACUCUUUUCGAUCCUACUUCAAUUGUACAUAUUACUGUCAGCCUUGACGCGCUCUGGCACAACCUUUGACUUUCUCUUCUUUACUUCACUUCACUUCUCACACUAUUACUUCGCACUUCUCCCGCGACCGACGACUGAACCGACUUUUACGAUGACGAUGAUGGGUGGAUGUGGUGUUUGUUCUUUUCUGUUCUUUCUGACGCAACGAUAACAACAAGGAGGAAGAUUGUUGGAUGGAUGGAUAAACACUGGAUCUAGACCUAUUGUCGAGGUUCACUUGUCUGGUUAUUGGAGGAGUAGGAGUAGAAAGACUCAAAACAGGAUAGGGCUUGCGCAUAGCAAGGGGCGGAAAAGGGGGGUGUUAGCUGGCUGGAUUGACGGAUGGCGCGUUUUACUUAUAUGUGUAUUUGAAAAUGGGA